AAAACGGAGCUCCGCCAUGUCGCCGGCAGCCGCAUCCACGGGCUCCGCAGAGCGAUCAACGGAGUCGGAGCAAACAGUCUACGAUACCGCUGCCACCGUGGAAACCGGCGAGGAGAUGCAGGAGCCGGCCUCGCAGGCGGGGGACGAGGAGCAGGAGACCAGGAGACAGGCUAAUGCUGAAGGCUUGCAGCUGGGAUACAGUGUCGUUCCUAGCGAGAAGAGGUUCCUGGUUUUACACGCUUUCCUGAAGAGGAAACAGUCUAGCAAGAAGGUCAUGGUGCUGUUUUCAUCACGUAGUUCAGUCGAGUUCCAUGCACAGCUUCUAAAUUUUCUCCAGAUAGAGUGUGCCGAUAUCCACGAGAAACAAGAGCAGCUCAACCGAACUGCAGCAUUGUCUGCCUUCUGCACGGCACAAAAGGGUGUCUUGUUAUGCACUAAUGUGGCAGCACGUGGACUUGAUCUUCCUCAUGUGGAUUAUAUUGUGCAAUACGAUCCUCCAGCAGAUGAACCAGAGGAUUACAUUCAUCAUGUUGGGCGUACUGCACCUGGUGAUAAAGGAAAAGCAACUGUAUUGUUAUUCUUACUGCCCCAAGAAUUAGAGUUUCUUAUCUCCUUGAGGGCAGCCAACAUUCAUCUCACCGAACACCAGUUUAACAACAAGAAUGUGCCAAAUCUGCAAGCACAUUUUGAGAAAAUCGUUGGCGAGAACUACUUCCUACACCAGUCAGCUCAACAAGCCUACAGAUCCUACAUUCUAGCAUACAACUCACACACAAUGAAAGCCAUCUUUAAGGUUCAUAGUCUCUGUUUGAAGGAUGUAGCUGCAUCAUUCUGCUUUAGGAACCCUCCAAAAGUGGACAUUGGCCUGGAGGGCAGAGCUAUGAAGAAAGUAGGUUACAACAGAGGCCUUGAUUCCAGAGAGAGGCGAAAGAGGCGUCGCAUCAAUGCUGCAAAUCCUUAAUUAUAACCGGCAGUUUGCAAGAUUCCAGAGAGAGGGUCAGAUUUUCUCGGUGGUUUAAGAUGUCGGAGGUGAUAACACCAGAGCAUUGAAGUCACUUGGCUCUGUACAAUUUUGCUAGACGACUUGAUAUUAUGGCAUCAGAGUUGUAGUGCGGUUUACCUGUUGAAUCUUACUAUAUGUAAGCUUAAUCCUUCUUUGCCCUAUUUUAAAAUUUUACUACAGAGGAGUAAAAAUUGAGAGAGAAAACAUAGAAAUAACUCAAAUAUUUACGACAAGAGCAUCUCAUCUUGAUUCCUGAGAGCCUACCACUGACAACGGAGUAGUGAGCUAACGCGGACUAUAUAUGAUUCCAAUCAGGCAAUUACAACCUGUGAAGAACACAGGAAAGAGGAGCUGAUGAACUAAGCCGGCGCACAGGCGAUGCAGGCCAGGUAGAAGAAGACGGCGGAGGCGCCGUCGCCCUGCUCGCCGCCGCCUGCGCCUGCCAAGUAGCUCCGCUUGAACCUCACCCGUUCUCCGGCCUCGCUGCACCGCAGCAUCCUCCUCUUGAUCGCCGCGAUGGCGUCUCCGCCACCUUGCCUCCUUCUCCUCCUCCUUGUCGCCGUCGACUCCCUCUUCCUCCCCUCCAUGGUGCCGGCAGCCUCUUCACCUUCGUGUGUAAGCCUGUGCACCAUCUCGAUCUGUAUGUGGAGUCUAUUUGCUGAACGCCUCACUCUGUCGCUGU